AUGCCUACUGAAGACCAACCCCGCCCAAAUCGCCCGACUUUGCCGCGCCGGCAGCGACACAAUGCCUCUGUGCCACAACUGUCCUCAAACGUACAUGGCGGCAUCUCAAGAUUGGUACCUAUCAUCAAUCCGUAUGACAAAUUGUACCAUCAGUAUGAGAGUCGCAAUCCAAACAACGGUACGAACCCGUAUGCUCGAAUGUAUCAUAAUCAUAAGAGUCUGGGUCUAAUGGAAAGGCGACGCCAGUUUCAGUCGCGAGAGCUAAGCAAAAGUCCCGCUGAGUCAGAUGAUCUAUCAUCUUAUUCGCCCAGCGACUUUUCAGGGGCACAAAACUUUGGUUCCAAAUCACCUUCCCUUGAUCGCUCAAACACACAAGACCCUGCGACAACAGGCCAGCUAUUCGACGAGCAAAUUGACAAAGGCGGGAUGCUGAAAGCCCUCUCUUCAACUUCAGAACGAGCAGGAAUACCAGGAGAAGCAGAAGACAUGCAGUCGACGUUUAUACAGCGUUACCUAGAUGUGCUUGACGAGCUGAAGGAGGAGAAAGUGAACAAUGAGGCGAUAGUAGCAGAGCUCAAGUCGAAACUGGAGACGGCGCAGCAAGCACAGCGAGAAGCACAAAGUAAUCCUUCACGGCGCAUGGUCACACAACAAACCGGUUCGUCGGCAACAUGGGACAUGGGCCCACACCAAUUGAUAGACAGCCUGAAGAAACGCGUUGCUCAGCUUGAGCACAACAGAGACGAAACGACAGCAAAGCACAGUGCAGCCAUCGAACGAUACGAAAAGCAGGCGCGGGAGCUCCGCGAUCGCGUGGAUGGACUGGAAAGGAUCAACACGAUAUCGUCAAGCACUCUCAAAGAAUGCCGUGUAAACAGCAAAGACCUAGAGAAUACGCUCACAGAAAAGAGAAGAGAGAACAAGGAACUCCGGGAUGCAUGCAGAGCAAGCCUUGCCACGAAUCGAGUGCUUCAGAGGCAACUUGCCUUGGAAACGAUGAUUGGUGAUUCUGAAACUUCGACAGAACAGAUCGAUGACACAAACGAAGAGGGCAACGCGAAGUGA